AUGGAAGACAUUGACGAUGAUUACUUCUCCGACGACCUCGAUUCCCUACCUCCGGGUACGCUGUACGAGCUCGAGCAGAAUGCUUUCCAGGCAACGCAGGGUCCAGCAAUACAUCAGCAACCGAAUGCGCCGCUAGCUCCCAACGAGCCCGCCCUCGUGCACGCGAGGCAGCCAGCUACCACCUUGAAGCCACCGCCCCGUCUACAUACCGGAUUGACGAAUGACUAUGAUACACUCGAGGUGGGAGAGUUGGAGGCCGAGGUUUACGACAAUGUGGAGGGUCAACAGGCAAUUGCGCAGGCCCCUGCGGUAAUGGUCACGGAUAACGAAUGGCCUACCAAUGGUGGCGUGGAGGACAUGAUGGAGGUUGAUCACGAGUAUGGCCAAGCGAAUGCGUACGAGACGAAUGCGCGCAUGGAGCAGCUCGAACAGGAAAAAGAACAAAUGCGACGAGAGUUGGCUGAAGCAAGAAUGCUGGCCGAAACAAAAGCCGGAGAGAUCGCCAUCAUCCGGUCGAAACAAGCCCGAAUGGCCGAGGAGUAUGACCGACAAUUAGCUGCCUUGCGAAAGGCUAUGGUCGAUCGGGAAACUACACACAAAGAAGCAGUCGAUGCGGCAAUGUCAGAGGGUAAAAUGCUGGCGACGGAGAAUCUCUUCCUCCAGCAUGAUCUAGCUGAGGAGGUUCAUCAACUCCGUAAUUAUAAAACGAAGCAUCGUGCGGCAGAGAAGGCUGCUCCGGUCACUCCAAAGAAGUCUCGAGUACUUCCCUUCCGUGAUGGAUUUGACGAUGACGAGAUCGCCGUGGUGUCGCCCAGCAAGUCGGCAGCACGAUCCAAGAGAGGAACGCCAACCGUGCCAGGUAAACGGAAACGCCAGGCGAGCGUCGACAGCCCAGCUCCUUUGCAACUCAGUCCUGCUGGGGAGGUCAACAUGGUGGAUGCACCCACCGAUACCUCUGGAACUGUGUUUGACGAGGAGCCCAAAUCACGCGAAUCAGGCACUCAUGAUCAAGUUAUGAAGCGAGUCCUGAAUCACAGGAUGCUUCCUGAUCAGCAAACCGAUCUUGAAGCAUUCGCCAAAUUAUACUUCCCGUCUGAGCCUCACAAGCCGCUAUCAGGUAUCCUCAUGGAUGAGUUGGCUCAGGUAGACAUGGGCAAUUUCGUGUUGGAGUACGCGUAUGCGAUUGGACAGCUUUGGAGGCGAGGACUGACGGAGAGGUUCUAUGAGCCUGUUCCUCGAUUCAUGUGCAUUGCCAGAUAUCUCCUGAUGAUGGACGAGGCCCCCUUGCCCGACCUGAUCACCUCUCUAGUUGGUGUGCUCCAAGACUCGGUCGAGGUCAACGCAGUUCCUCGAUUCAAAUACUCCCCAGCGGCUCGAGAAAAGGCACGGAUUCCACGGUCAACGCCUCAAUCCGACUUGCAUCUCGAGGUUGAUUCGACCGAGGCCCUUCGUCUACUCUACUAUAUUUCGUGUCAAUUAUUACAUGUCAAGAGUGCUCUAGACAACUUUUGGGCGCAUAUUCGGUACACGUUCAUCCUAGUGAUGUUGCAUGGUUCACAGCCGCUCAAGGACAUCAUGGUUAUAUUGCCCUUGUUGUCAACGAGCAUCCGGGCAGACUCGUUUGGCCCUAUCAUGUCCUCAGAGCAGGAUCAAGCAGACGUUCAAAAAUGGAUUGUCGACCGUCUGUCGUUCAUGCUCAGUGAGGCCGCCAUGCCAGAUGAAGGCUGCGAACCCUACACAUCCUACGAUAUCUGUGCCAUGCGCCUCGAGGUUCUGCUUCUGCUGGAGUCCCUGGCAUUCAACCCAGCGGCUCCAUCAAAAGAACACGGAAGCGCCAUAAUCGCAGCGCAUCCGACAGCCUUGCCGCGUCUGUUCCGAUCGAUGCACGACGAGUUGGACGCACUUUACUCCUCGCCGCCCGAACAAGAACUCCGCGUUGCGAUGGUCAACGGGCUGAUGCGCCUGAUCUUCGGGGUCAUGCGCCGUCAUGGGCCAACCAUCAGCAUGCAGGAGAAGCUGGCGUCCGUGGCAGGAAGUAAACAAAAGCACCUUGUAGUCCUCACGCGGCUGGCAUUCUGCGACGGGUCUGUUCUCGAAGCGGGCAUCGACGACGAGACGGUAGACAUGGCACACGAGUUACUGGAGGAGUGGACGAACCCACAGGAAGCGGAGUCACUGGCCGAGGCGUUCCCCAGUUCUCGGCGAGACUAA